ACCCCCAUCCUCACUCAAAUCACCGUUACCGUCACCGUUAGACGAGAAAUGGCAGACCAACCCAAAACAACUCCCAACCUCCCCCAGAAACUAUCGGAAUCUCCCCCAAACUCCCACCAAGUCGUUAAGUUCAUAACGGCAGCUACCAUAGGUGCCGUACUCCUCGUCCUCUCAGGCCUAACGCUGACAGGCACCGUUAUCUCCCUCGUUGUAGCGACACCCGUACUCGUUCUCUUCAGCCCCAUACUCGUUCCUGCGGGCAUUGUAAUAUUCCUGGUCGUUACAGGCUUCCUUUUCUCAGGAGGGUUUGGAGUCGCUGCUCUGUCAGCGCUGUCUUGGAUUUACAACUACGUGUCUGGGAAGCACCCACCUGGCUCUGAUCAGCUCGACUACGCCAGGAUGAGGCUCGCCAACAAAGCUAGGGACGUGAAGGAGAGGGCAAAAGAGUACGGUCAGUUAGUGCAGAACAAAGCACAGGAAGUCACGCAGGGGUCUUAGGAGAAGAGAAUGCAUGGGUUUUGAAUAACGGACGUUAGUCUUUCCGUUAGAUUUGGGGAUCUCGUUUUGCUUUCUUUGCUGGAGUUGGGAGUGUUCUGGUAGAUCGCAGCGCAUGCAUGUUUGCAUUCGCCGUCUUCAUUUCUCUGUCUUUUCGUCUCUUUUAUUUUAUUUUCUUUUUUAAGUUCGGUUUUCGUCGUAGUUAUCUGUCUCUGUCAUUGUGUUAACGAAGAUUUGAGUUGUUUUGUA